AUGGGUGAAAGUGCCGGUGGGAAUCUGGCAGCCGCAGUCGCUCUGUUGGCGCGAGAUCGAGGAUUGGCUCCGCCUCUGGCAAAGCAAAUCUUGAUCUACCCUAUGUUAGAUGACCGAAAUUCAUCAAAGGGCAUUGGACCCGUGUGUGUUUGGGAUGAAGUUGACAACGUCACGGGUUGGACAGCAUAUCUAGGGCAUGAACCGGGGCGAUCUGGAGUGCCAAUGUUCGCAGCACCCGCUCGUGCGGAAAGUGUUGAGGGUUUGCCUCCUCUUUACCUGGAUGUCGGACAGCUUGAUCUGUUUAUGCUCGAGGAUCUGGAGUAUGCCACAAGGUUUGUAAAUGCUGGUAUCGAAACGGAACUGCAUGUCUACCCAGGUUUACUACACGGCUUUGAUGCGCUUGUGCCUAGCUAUCCCACGAGCAAAAUGGCGAUGGAGAAUAGGUUUAGGGCUAUUCGAAAACUAAACCGCGAUUCUCAUGUCAAUAGCGGGUCUAUUAGCACUCGAUUUGAAAAUCUUUAG